CAGACAACUUACGCUGUCAUUUAACAUUAGCAUUUCCAGUGAUAUUGGCAGUAAUGUUCCGCUGGUAUUUCUUGGCAACUUAGUGAUAAUGAUACUAGAUUCAAUUAUAGGGUCAUGCAAGUACGUUUUUGGAUUGAGGUAAUUUUUUUAGUGAAAAUGUUUAGGAUCUAAACACAUUGUUAACAUUGUUGAGUACAGGAUCGUCAGGUGACUAUCUUGAAAUGUAGGUGACCUUAUUUUGAUAACAUUCGGCAUAGAAACUGUUGCACUUUAGUCUGCAGUUAAGUUCACUCUGAAAUCAGAGAUACAUUUUAUACUAAUGAAGAGAGUGAAAGUUAAUAACUAAGAUGAAGAGCCAAUGGAGGAUGUUCGUAAUUCUUUCCAGCUUUCUGUCUUCAGUGACAUCGAAAAUUAUUACAACAACGUUGGGUAACGUCAUUGGGACUAGCAUAUUUUUCGAGGAUAUUACAUAUAUCAACAAAAGUGUUAAUUUAGACGUGUACCGUGGGAUACCAUUUGCUGAGCCCCCUAUGGGAGGUCUUCGCUUCAAGCGUCCUAUUGAAAGAAAACCGUGGAGUCCAGAGGCUUGGAACGCCACUUACUACAGAAAUGUUUGCGAACAAACGAACCCUAAUAUUGUGUCGUCUGAAACUUCAGAAGAUUGUUUAUACUUGAAUAUAUUUGUCCCUCAGUCUGCGAUGCCAGGAACAGCAGUGAUGGUUUGGUUCUAUGGUGGCGCUUUUCUCUUUGGAGGCGGAUCUGAACCAGAAUAUGAUCCAACACCACUGGUUGCUGUCGGUGACGUCAUCAUCGUUACUGUAAAUUAUCGUUUAGGAAUCUACGGUUUCCUAACUACUGGUAACAUAACAAAUUUUACAUACUAUUAUUAUUAUCUUGGUGUUGGUAUACCUUCUGGUGCUGUCAUUACUGCCGCUGCUGGUGCUGAUAUUAACAGUGCUGCUAUGCCAUCUGUUGCUGUCAUUACUGUUGCUGCUGCUGUUACUGCUGCUUGUGCUGCUAUUACUGGUGCUGCUUUUACAUUCUGUACCGCCACCAGACAACUUACGCUGUCAUUGAACAUUAGCAUUUCCAGUGAUAUUGGCAGUAAUGUUCCGCUGUUAAUAACUAAGAUGAAGAGCCAAUGGAGGAUGUUCGUAAUUCUUACCAGCUUUCUGUCUUCAGUGACAUCGAAAAUUAUUACAACAACAUUGGGUAACGUCAUUGGGACUAGCAUAUUUUUCGAGGAUAUUACAUAUAUCAACAAAAGUGUUAAUUUAGACGUGUACCGUGGGAUACCAUUUGCUGAGCCCCCUAUGGGAGGUCUUCGUUUCAAGCGUCCUAUUGAAAGAAAACCGUGGAGUCCAGAGGUUUGGAACGCCACUUACUACAGAAAUGUUUGCGAACAAACGAACCCUAAUAUUGUGUCGUCUGAAACUUCAGAAGAUUGCUUAUACUUGAAUAUAUUUGUCCCUCAGUCUGCGAUGCCAGGAACAGCAGUGAUGGUUUGGUUCUAUGGUGGCGCUUUUCUCUUUGGAGGCGGAUCUGAACCAGAAUAUGAUCCAACACCACUGGUUGCUGUCGGUGACGUCAUAAUCGUUACUGUAAAUUAUCGUUUAGGAAUCUACGGUUUCCUAACUACUGGUGAUGACGAAGCACCUGGAAAUUAUGGGGUGCUUGAUCAGGUACUAGCAUUGCACUGGAUCCGUGAUAACAUUGCAGCGUUCAAUGGUGACCCAAAUUCUAUUACAAUAUUCGGUGAAAGUGCAGGAGCAGCAAGUGUGCAUUUGCACAUCCUAUCUCCUUUAAGUCGUGGCUUAUUUCAGCGGGGUCUUAUGCAAAGUGGUUCAGCGCUCUCCGGUUGGGCUGUUGCAUUGGAUAAAGAGAAGGCUAUUUCUGAUGGAAGAUAUGUCGGUAGAGCCGUCAACUGCACACAAGAGGACUCCGCUGAAUUUGUAGCGUGUCUUCGUAGCAAACCCAUGGCGGCAAUUACAGCAGCUCAGUUUGCCUCACAAGUUACGAAUAUGAUUCCAUUUCUACCAGUAGUGGAUAAUUAUUUCCUGUCAGAUGCACCAGCAACUUUAGUUGCUAAAAUGGAAUACCAGGCAACAGACAUCCUUAUAGGUAAUAACCACGACGAAGGCGCACUCUAUGCUCUCACGGAAUACAAGAACUAUGUCCGUUCAGAAGAACCUCCGGUAAUGUCACUUGAUGAGUUUCGAUCUACUUUUCCAAAGUACAUUUAUAGUUACAGUAACCCGUAUGUACUGGAUGCAAUUGAACAUCAAUAUUUAGACUGGACAACGGUAGAUAACAAUCUAACAAGUCACUUAGAUGAGUUUAUCCAGCUGACAACUGACCAAGACUUCGCAUGUCCGUCAAUAGACGUUGCAAGGGCGCAUGCUACGCGAGGCAAUCGCGUGUACCAGUACGAGAUGACACAUAUUCCAUCAAUGUCUGUGUACACACUCAACAAAAAAAUAGGACCGAAGUGGCUCGGAGCAACCCAUGUUGAGGAAGUCCAAUACACGUUCGGAUGGGGUUAUAACCCGGCACUACGCAGACGAUACAAACAGACAAAUGAUGAGUUAGAAAUGUCAGUGCAGUUUAUGCGUUACUGGACGAACUUUGCCAAAUAUGGCGAUCCAAAUGGAUCACCGAAUGAAACAUCGAUCUAUCCUGCAUGGCCAGUAUUUACUAUAGAUGUGUAUAAGAGACAGACAUAA